AAGAAGAUUGGACAGUAACCACCGCCUGUUUAGCUAGUUUCUACUUUCUAGUACUCUAUAAAAGUGUGCUUCGGUUUCAAUUUCACGCACACACUUCGAAGUUUUGCAUUUAAAGCUACAUAAACCGCCACGAAAAAAAACAAACACCACCGAGUGAUCACAAUUCACAACAUGGGUUCAGGAAACAUGGUGGAGACAACAACAACAACGUCGUCGACUUUUAUGUCGGACUUCAUCGGAAAGUGCGGUGGCUACGUUGUCAUUGAUGGUGGCUUUGCGACAGAGCUGGAAAGACAUGGGGCUGAUCUCAACGACCCUCUUUGGAGCGCCAAGUGCCUUGUCGAUUCCCCACAUCUUGUCCGAAGGGUUCAUCUAGAUUAUCUUGAUGCUGGAGCUAAUAUCAUACUUACAGCAUCUUAUCAGGCCACGAUUCAGGGAUUUGAGGCUAAAGGCUUCUCUAAGGAAGAAGCCGAAGCUUUGCUUAGGAAAAGUGUAGAAAUUGCAUGUGAGGCACGGGAAAUUUACUAUGACCGAUGCACAAAAGACUCUUGGGAUUUCAUGGAAAAUGGAAGGACUUCAAGACGUCCAAUUUUGGUUGCAGCUUCUGUUGGAAGCUAUGGAGCUUAUCUAGCUGAUGGUUCUGAGUAUAGUGGGAACUACGGCGAUGCAAUCACUUUGGAAACAUUGAAGGAUUUUAAUAGAAGAAGGGUACAGAUUCUAGCCAACUCAGGUGCUGACCUGAUUGCGUUUGAAACAAUUCCAAAUAAGCUAGAGGCAAAGGCAUAUGCUGAGCUUCUGGAAGAAGAAGGCAUAGAAAUUCCAGCAUGGUUUUCGUUCAAUUCUAAGGAUGGAAUUAAUGUGGUUAGUGGUGAUCCUAUUUCGGAGUGUGUCUCCAUUGCAGAUUCAUGCAAGCAAGUUGUUGCUGUUGGGAUCAACUGUACCCCUCCUAGAUUUAUCCAUGGACUGAUUACAUCUAUUCGAAAGGUAACGAGUAAACCGGUUCUGAUAUAUCCCAACAGUGGUGAGACUUAUGAUGGUCAGACCAAGCAAUGGGUGAAAUCAAGUGGGAAUGUAGAUGAAGAUUUUGUUUCAUACAUAGUCAAGUGGAGGGAGGCUGGGGCUUCUCUUUUUGGUGGGUGCUGCAGGACAACUCCCAAAACUAUUAGAGGCAUAGCCACGGCUCUCUGUGAUAAAAACUAAUUCUGUUACCACCCUAAAUUUUCAAGAAUGUUGAGAUGUAAUUUAAUAAUAAUAAGAUGGAAUGGUUCUUUUGACU